UUGCGGCUCGAUUUCUUUCUCUUCUGUAAUCAUGGCUGCGCUCAAACACCAGCCAUGUUUGCUAAUUUGAAACCCAAAGGUUAGCGAAAACCUGUUUAUUAUUUACAUCGCCUGUACCGUCUCGAACCAUAUUUGUUCAAUCAAAGGAUCGGUGCCUUUGAAAUCCAAGGAUUACAAGAUGGAGUCAAACAACCAUUUCAACUAUGGCAGCCACUCCUCCGUGUCUGCUAACUCAGGACUGAAACUCUCCUCAGGGGAUUCUCUCUAUUCUAACAGGUCCUCCAUGAGUUUCCCUCCACAGGGGAAGAAUAUGAAUGGCGAAAUGAAUGUGAAUGGCGUCACUACUGUAAUUGGGCCUAGUGUGCCUGGCUCCCAACUUCCAACAGCCUCAUACCCCCACAUGAGCAACCACCACCAGAGUAGCAUGGGCUACGACUACAUGUGGGGAGGACAGCCACAGUACAGCCCAGCCAUGGGCUCGUCUCCUGGGCAUGGCAUGCACCAGAAGCAGCCUCCACCCGGGGGGAUGCAGCAACAGAGCCAGCACCACUUCCAGGGUCAUGGACAGUACCAACUGAACGGGGGCAUGCCUGGGUCCCGUCAGCCACCCGUGGCUGCCCCACCAAACGUGACUCUUACAGGGGGCCAGUACUGGAACAGGGGUAACCCGGGGCAACAGCAGAGCAGCACAGCCAUGGCAAUGGGGUAUAACUCACAAGGUGUGUACGGGUCCUACCAGAGCCAGGUGCACCCUGGGAUUGCGCCCUCACAGCAUCACCAGCAGCAGCCUCCACAGUCAUCCCCUCACCAACAGACACAGCAGCACCUUCACCCGCACCACCACCCACACCACCAGCAGCAACACCAGCAGCAACCUCAGCACUACAGCAUGGUACCCAAUGGGAUUCCCUACUACCAGCCCCAGCACCCACCUCUUCCCGCUCCACAACCCCAGCCCCCAUCCCAAUCUCAGUCCCAGGCUCAGAUGAUGCCCCCUACCUCCCAAAACUUCACCCCUCCACGGGGCAGCCCACAGCACCACCACAUUGGCCGGGGAGGCACUGGCAGCCCUCUCCCCCUGGGGAUGUCCUCUGUCCCAAUGAUGUCACCCUCGACAAUGGCGGAUAGUGGAUCGCCCCAGAGCCAGACCAGGGAGAGGAGUCCCCAUAGAGGUACUGUGGGGAUGCCUGCUGUCAUGCAAGGGCGGAUGAGUGAAGUGUUUAAGGAUGUGGAUAAAGGUUAUAAUGGGAUGGAGAGGGCGUCUGUCACCCAGCUGCUGCCUAAAAGCGACAGCUACCAUCCCAAGCCCCCUGGACCCCCGAUGGGGCCUACCAUUGACUACUGCCAGCGCUCUGAGCAGCCGAUGGCCCAGCACCAUGAAAUGGCAACCUCAGCGAGGGAGUCUGCGCCACCUGCGCCUCCACACUCGAUGUCGUCCCAUCCUCCGGCUGUGUCUGCGCCUUCCACCCAUUCUAGGCUCUCUGCACCUCCUGCAAUGUCUACUCCUCCAAUGGGUACAUUAGGACCUCCUGUCGUUUCAUCCUUCUCUGUUAGUCCUGCGCCUCCCCGAAACUCAGCGGCUCCCAUGUCCUCUUCUCCUUCUCUCCCUGUGCUUGGACCUCCUCCCGGGCUGUCUUCGCCUCCUCUGAUGAGCACAAGACCUUCUCCAGUGUCUUUGUCCACACCUCCAUCAGUGGCAUCUCCACCCUCGUCAGUGUCUGUAACUCUUCCCAAGCCACCUGCACCACCUCUUCUCCUGGACAAAUCCUCUAUACCUCCAGCUGUGUCUGCUCCCCAUCCAGUCAGUGCUCCUCCCCCAGUGUCUGUGGCACAUCAGACUGCUCCCAUGACAUCUGCCCCUCCUGCGAUGGUCUCUACUCCUACUAUGGUGGGUGCUCCCUCGCGCUCCAUGUCUGCGCCCAUCUCUGCACUUCAGCAGAUGGUUCAAGGAUCCAGACCACCACCUUUGACUUCCUCUCCCACAGCUUUAUCUGGAGCUCCUCGAGAAAAGUUUUGGACUCCAUCAAUAUCUGCAGUUGCACCUCCCCCAAGGGUUUCUGUGUCCCCCCCAGCGGUGUCUACUACCUUGGUGGCAGUAAGGCAAAAUUCCUCAGCAGUGCCCAGUCCUCCUUGGGCAGUCAGUGCACCUUCUAUAUCAGUGUCCUCACCUCCUCGAUCUGUGUCUACUCCUCCCCCAGCAGUUUCUGCUCCCUCCACAGAGUCUGCGUCUGCAGUGUCCUCGUCUCCAAAGGAGGUAUCUAUGCCUCCUUUAACAGUUCAAGGCCCUAAAGUUCAAGCCCCCGGAGUUUCUUCAACGUCUGAGCCUCCUGCCUUGGUGUUUGUGCCUCGUGCAGUGAUGACUGCUCUUCAUAUGGUCCCCUCAACCCCUCCUGCUGUCUCUGCGCCUUCCCUAUCCGUUCCUGCUCCUCCACAAGCCCCUAAAUGCAUGUUUUCCGCUGAGCCAAAGGAGCGAGACAUGGGGAAUAAGAAGGCCAUGGGCAACAAGAAGGAACCCUUUGUAGAACCACCUGGAAAACUAGAGGCGAGUUCUCCACAGCCUAAAGUCGACCCAUUUAGAACACCAUCAAAGAUGGAUGCCACCAAGUCUCUUACUCGUCAAUCUGAAAAACACUCACACAAACCCCUCACAGAUAUUCCUGGGACUCCUCCGCCUCCCAAGGACCAAGAGAACUCCUUUGGCGACAAAAUGCGUGCGGAGAGAAUGGACACCGCCCCCCUGAGACACUCAUACUCUCCCCUGGAGAGAAGAGGUCUGGAUGACACCUGUGAGACGGACGAGUCAGCGUUUGAGGAGUCUGCGGACGAGUCGUCGCAGGUGUCCACGUGCCUCGACAGCACCAGGAUGGAGAAAACCAGCUUUACUGAAGAGGAUGGCGCUUGUAACGACUCGUCACUCAACGACACAUCUCAGUUUGGUGACACUUCUAGACUUGGCGCUAACUCUCGAAUGGAUGACACGUCUCGAUUGGAUGACAGCUUCCGUGUAGAUGGUGAAACCUCUCGGUUUGAUGAUACCUCUCGCAUGGAUGAAGACUGCUCUCGAUUGGAUGUCACCUCUCAAUUGGAUGACAGCUCUCGCAUAGAUCACCCCUCUCGUGAGGAUGAAAUAUCACAUGUUGCUGACACUACAAUAGAUAGCAGCUUCUCCUCUGUGGAGGAUUCCAGGGACUUGACGCUGGAUGAUACCCAAACAGAGGACUCUUCCCAGGCAGAGGAGACCAUUGACAGCUGCCUGAGCACCGGGGUGUCCAUGCUGGAUUCCUCUCUGACCAACACCUCUCAGAUGGAGGACUCCUGUGUUGAAUCCUCCCAGAAUGACGUCUCCCGGUCAAGCUCAAAUGGCCCUGCCAAACCACCCCCAGCCUACAAAGGGUUUGAAGGGGAAUGUGAGUCGGAGGGCCAGGAUAUACCAGACUGUGCUGGCACCACCAAGGCCAGUGCCGUUAGUAUCAUGGCUCCCCCUGUUAUGGACAAAGGCGAGCACACAGCGGCGCUCAGUUCCCUGGUGGGGAACCUGGUUGCAGCCCCACUCCUGCCCUUAGCCGCCCCAGCCGUACCCACCACCAGCCAAAAGACACCAAGGAAACCCAGGAAGCCACGCACUCCAGCAGCCUCCACUCCCGUUCCUCGGGUCCCCGGGCAAGCACAGCGGAGGUCCGCUGUUAAAACUCCAAAGGUGGAUAAGAUAAAGGUGGAGAGGAAGAAGAAGAAGAAGCUUGAGAAAGGAGAGGUCGUAGAGAAAAAGGAGAAGGGACCACCAAGAAAGAGAAAGAAGACAGAAUCAGUAGCAGUCACAGAAGAGGCUGAACGUUCUGCUGAAGGCUUACUUUCUUGUCAAAGUGGACCAGUCACUACCAGCAAUGAAUCAUGUAUGACCAGUGGCGAGACCCCGCCGGCCAUCAAACCCAAGAAGGUUAGGGUCAAGAAUCUGGAACCGAUGCCACCCAAAAUAGCGAAAAUUGAUGUUAACACUAAACCCAAUGAUGGCAAUAACGACAAUGACGGAGAUGACAGUUCCACUGCUGGUGACACCCCCAGGAGGAGGAUAGCAACAGAGGAGCAGGUCCACUUCCCUCUGCUCCAUGGCUGGAGGAGGGAAGUCCGAGUCAGGAAGACUGAGGACCGGCUGAAGGGGGAGACCUGGUACUACAGCCCCUGUGGGAGAAGGAUUAAGCAGUUUCCAGAAGUCAUCAAGUACCUGAACAGGCACAAGGACACUGCUGUGACCAGGGAACACUUCAGCUUCAGCCCCCGCAUGCCCGUAGGAGAUUUCUACGAGGAGAUGGACUCCGCUGAGGGAGUGAAAUGGUGCCUCCUGGCCAAUGAGGAGGUGCCUUCCAUGAUCAUGGCCAUCACGGGCCGACGCGGCCGACCUCCGAACCCUGACAAAGAGAAGCCCCGCCCCCGAGCUCGGCGCGCCAAGGGUGGGCUAGUCCGAAAGCCCGGCAGGCCGCCCAAACCAAAGAUGGUGGACCUGCUUAGCAAGGUUGACGCCAGAAUGCUGGAGAGGCUGGAGGCCAAGGAAGCUCUGACUGAGGAGGACAAGGAAAAACUUGUCAAAAUCAAGAAGAAAAUGAAGAGAAAGGCAAGGAUGAAAAGAAAGGAGAAUAACAAGAACAAGAAGAUCCGACAGGAGAAAAAGCAAGCGAAGCUUGACAAAGCCAAGGAGACCAAGGACCAGGAGGAGGUGAAGGCUGAACCAGCCGACCAAGAGCCCCCACAGCCUGCCCCCCCACAACCGCCCGCCCCAGAGCCCAAAAAGCGUGGCCCUAGGAAGAAGAAAGCUGAGGUGCCUUUACCGGUCGUGGAGACGGACCAGGAGAGGGUAGCCCAGGGGAAGAGAGUGUUGGGGGCCAGGAGUAAGGCCAAGGCCCUGGCUAAGGCCCAGGCAGAGGCGGAGGCUGCAGCCCAGGCAGCCCUGGCAGCUAAGAAGCAGGUGGAAAGGAGAGCCCAAUCCCAGAGACGGCUGGAGGAGAGGAAGAGACAGCAGAUGAUCUUGGAGCAGCUGAAGAAGCCCACUGAGGACAUGUGUCUCACAGACCACCAGCCCCUUCCGGAGCUGUCUCGGAUCCCUGGCGUGGUUCUCUCUGGCGUGGCCUUCUCCCACUGCCUGACUGUGGUGGAGUUCCUACACAGCUAUGGCAAGGUGCUGGGCCUCCACAUCCCCAUGGACGUGCCUAGCCUCAGCACACUGCAGGAGAGCCUCCUGGGCCUGGGAGACAGCCAAGGCGAGGUCCAGGAUCUGCUCAUCAAGCUGGUGGAGGCUGCACUACACGACCCAGGCCUGCCACCCUACUACCAGUCAGUGAAGAUCCUAGGGGAGAAGCUGGUGGAUCUGGAGCUGACUCGCAGCACAGUGUCCGAGGGCCUGCGAAUCUUCCUGGAGUCCCACGGCUUUGACAUGGAGGUGUGCAACGUGCUGCGGACCAAGACCUUCCAUGCCCUCGGCCCCGACACAAAGGCUGCCAUCCUGGGCUUCCUGGUGGAGGUCCUCAACGGUAGCAACAUCGUCAUUAGUGAGAUUGACAACACACUGGAAAACAUGGCUACUUACAGGAAGAACAAGUGGAUCAUCGAGGGGAAAUUGCGCAAACUGAAGGCAGCUCUAGCACGGCGUACAGGGCGCUCUGAGGAGGAGCUGUGUCUCGAGGAGAGGAGGUGCAGUGCCAGGGUGGCAGAGGAGGAGAACCUCAUUCUACAAGGGAGCAGCGCCAUGCAGAGGGGCCGCCGCACACCCAAGGAGGAGCCCAAACUCGGCGACACUGACAGCCCCACCAAUGACAGCGUUCCAGAGUUGGAGAGGCAGAUCGAUAAGCUAACGAAGCGGCAGGUGUUUUUCCGUAAGAAGCUGCUCCAGUCGUCCCACUCCCUGCGUGCGGUCUCUCUGGGCCAGGACCGGUUCCGCCGGAGAUACUGGGUCCUGCCCCACCUGGUAGGGGUGCUGGUGGAGGGGCCUGAGGAGAUCCUAGCGUCAGAGGAUAUCCUGGUGAAGGAGGUGCCUAUCACUCUUCUGAAGAGGGAACCUAAAGUGGAGGAGACGCUCACUCCUACAACUCCUCCUGCCCCCCUCCCAUCCCCUCUCCCUCCCAAGUCUCAGACUUCCUUCCCCCCUGAGGAGGACCCCCUCCCUGGCACCGCCUCUCUCAUGAGCAGCCCCAGGGCCCGUGGUCGCCCCCGCAAGAUCAAACUAGAGGUGGAGCUACACCUCCGCACUGCCAAGUGUCGCCGCCGUCGCCGUAGCAGCAAGUCCGGCGGGGAGGAGACUAGGCCAAGCGUUGCCCCAGAGGCCACCACCAACGGCUCACAAGACCUCACGCAGUCCGCCUUCCACAACUGGCUCAGCCACUUGCAGGGCGCCAUAACUAACGGGACGGAGCCAGCAACAGGCAGCCAACCAGAGGACAGUGUGAAGGAGAUGGCGGAGAAACAGGGGCAGUGGUUCAACUUGCUGCCCAAACAGCCAUGUGACAAAACCUCUCUGACAGAACCCCAACCCCCCAGCACACCCCCCAAACGCCUCCCUCUGACCCCCAGCACCCUGCCCGCCCUCGCCGCUCCACUGCUGCAGUCUGUCCCAGCCCCCACGGACUCCCCACCCCAGGUGGCCCCUACCCAGACCCCCACCCCAGCCAAACCGGGGCGCAGGCGGAGGAGGGGCAGCAGGGGCAGCAGUCCCGCCCGUAGGGUUGGGGCUAGAGGGGCUGCAGCUAAGCGUCGUGGCCGCCCUCCUUCCACGCUCUUCCAGGAGAUAGAGCAGCAGUACUUCACUCAGCUCGUGGUCAAGCCCAUUCCAGCAUCGAUGGUGCGUGGCUGGUGGUGGAUCAAGGAGCCUGAGGAGCUGACGGCUACCCUGCAGGCCCUGCACCCGCGAGGCAUACGGGAGAAGGUGCUCCACAAACACCUGGCCAAACACAUGGAGUACCUGGCUGAGGUCUGCACACGACCCAUCAACGACACUAUAUUCCAGGUGAAGGUGGAGGUCGGCGAGGCCCUGCUGGAGGCUCUGCAGCAGCCGUGGCAGGUCCAGGAGCGGGCCCUGGAGACAGACGUCAGCGCCCUCCGCUGGGUGGAGGACCUGGAGCGGAGGGUCAUCGCCGCUGACCUGCACCUCAAGAUGGCUCCCCAGAAUGGAAGGAGUGACACUGACAAUAGCACGGAAACGCCAGGCGCAGGAUUCCAGCCCUACACGGUCCCAGAGGCAGACUCCACACGUGACGACCUGCGGUACUACGAGCAUGACACGGACCCCCGGGACGACUGGAUCGUGCGGACCAAGAAGGAGUGGUCGGACCUGCCCCGCGUGGCCAGUCACCCGCUGGACCUGGCAGUCCUGCGCCUGGCCAACCUGGAGAGGAACAUCGACCGGCGCUACCUGAAGGAGCCCCUCUGGAACCUGGCUGAGGUGGUGCGUCUCGCCCCGCUCACCCCCGAGGAGAGCCAGAUGGGCCAGAUGGACGUCAUGAGUCUGGAGAGUGAGAUAACCUCCAGGUUGCGGACAUGGCGUCAGGCCCUGGAUCGUUGUCGGAGCGCCCCCCAGCUGUGUCUGUGUCUGCUGCAGCUGGAGAAAGCCAUCGCCUGGGAAAGAUCCGUGGUCAAAGUGACGUGUCAAGUGUGCAGGAAGGGGGAUAAUGAUGAGUACCUGCUGCUGUGUGACUGCUGUGACCGCGGCUGCCACAUGUACUGCCUGAGGCCAAAGGUCACCCAGGUGCCAGAGGGGGACUGGUUCUGCCCCACCUGUUUCUCCAAGGCGAGUGACGGUGAGUCACCACAUAGUAAGCAGCGCUCCUCCAAGCAGAGGACCCGGGUGAAGAAGAGGAGGUACGAAGACGACAGUUCUGACGAGGAGACGGUGCCCAGCAGACGUAGUGGCGGUGGUGAUGGCAUGGCAAUGCGACAUAAGGACGGUGGCCCUGCCUCAUCCUCCUCCUCCCGUUACUCAGGAGACGGGGGAUGCACGACGGGCUUCUCGCCCGCCAAGCGCCGCCGCAUGACCACCCGCAACCAGCCCGACCUCACUUACUGCGAAAUCAUCCUUAUGGAGAUGGAGUCUCAUGCUGACGCCUGGCCCUUCCUGGAGCCAGUCAACCCCCGGAUGGUGCCUGGCUACCGACGCAUCAUCAAGAACCCCAUGGACUUCCUCACCAUGAGGGAGAGGCUGCUACAGGGAGGGUACUGCAGCUGUGAGGAGUUUGCAGCGGACGCCCAUCUGGUGUUCAACAACUGCGAGCAGUUCAACGAGGACACGUCCGAGGUGGGCAUGGCUGGACACUCCAUGAAGCGCUUCUUCGAGAACCGCUGGGCGGAGUUCUACGAGAGCAAGGACAAAUAGGAGCCCAGGGCGCUGGGGGUGGGGCCAAGGACAUUGCCCUAACCCCAUUGCCUGACGCUUAUGCUCUCCAUUACUACUAAGACUGUCUGGGCUGGAGUCUCCUCCAGCCCUGUAUAGAUAUGUAUAGAUUUGGUUAUUUGUCUGUCGUUCUUGUUUUUCCUUUUCAAAAACUCAACUCUGUUGGGUUGAAAUUCUCUGGAUGACAGAGAGGGGGAUGUUUGAGCUCUCCACCUCUCUUCCCUCCCGCCCUCCCAUUGCACCCUCACUUCUGCACCUGACCACCUGCUUGGAAUUCUGCUGUCGUCACGUUCUCUCCUAAGCCUCACCCCUCGUCUCAUAACAAUGCCACGAUAUUGGUCCAUCCCUUGCUCUGAGGGGCUGAGGCCCUGAGUUGAUUGGUUCUCAAAUUUUACCCUGUGUCAUGGUCCCGGUCAGGAGGUCUGCCAGACCAAUGCGACUGCUUCGCUUCAGACCGGAAUGCUCUGACCUCGUUUCGACCACAAGUGGAUGAAAACCCUACGGUUCGCUCUAAACUCAAACACUUUGGGAUUGGACCUCUCUUAACUGUUCAAUGGAAAUGUAAUGUGUGGUCUUAUGCCUAGAAGCAAUUUUUCUCAAUAUAUUUUUAUUAUAUAUUCUAUAUAUAUAUAUAUAUAUAUAUAUAUAUACAUAUAUAUAUAAAGAGUAAAAUAGCUGGGAUUAUUUAAUAGCAAUAGCUUGUAGUGAAUAUGUACAGACUCCUUAGUUGAGAUGUUUAGCCGAUUUAUGAAAAGGCCAGUAAAACAAAGUGGACAGGAUUGUUUUUUUCUCUCUAAAGACUGUCACAUCACACGUAACCAACCCCUAACUCACACACACACCCCACACACCUACAGACACACAUACACACGACUACCCUGCUGCUGUGUGAAGGACACUGGUUUCAGAAACUGGAGGCUAUUUUUUUUUUUUUUUUUCGUUUUGUGUUUCACUGCUUCGUAAUCACAACGAAGACCGGUAGUCACAGCAAUGGGAAUUUCCAGGUGAGGUGUGCCCAUAGACUGUGUGAAUAGGACUAAUAAGGCGCUACCGCCAUUUUGAACCUCUGUUUAAAACACUGUUCGCUUUGUGUUGCAGCUUACUAUAUUGGUCAAAUUGUGCGGAAAACUAGCAAGCUGCUGAAAUAUUAUCAGUUGACUGUUCUGUAGCAAUAUGUCAUGUUUUGACCGACAUCCUUUCGUUGGGAGAAUUGUUUUGAUAUUAUGGAAAAAUGUCACUCAAUGUUUCCUAGUGAUAAAAAAAUAUAUAUAUCUGCAUUCUAAGUUUAAAGGAUCUGAACAGGUAUUUGGGAAACACUGAAAAUGUUCAAUCGUCAAUUUGAUACUAACGUAGAAACAUAGGCCUGUGCUUCUAAAACAAGAAAUCACAACAACCCCCCCCCCCCCCCCACAAAAAAAAGUACAGCGGAAUAACAGGAAAUGUGCGUUGAGAGGUUUUUGUGUGUAGGUUUCUGCAGCUUGGCAGUAGAGAACAGGCAUAGCUUGUGUGUUAGGAGAAACGUUUUGUUCUUGACUCGUGCUGAAAAAAGGCUUCUAUACAAAUAUGUGCACAUUUAGCUAACCCCAACGUUCUUAUUAUGAAUACAUUUUUUUCUCUGUUGAAAAGGGGCCACUGCGCUCCAUAGCUUGGCGUGGUUGGUGGGUUAUGGGAAAGGUAGGAAGGCGACAGGGCGAUACUCCACAAUCCAGGUUUUAUUUAAAGCUUCGUACACUGAACUGAAACCAGUCGAUAGGAAAUGCAUUGUUGUGUUCCUUGCUACACAAAAGGGACAUUCUUUUUUCUAUAUUUAAAAAGAAAAGACAUGAAAAUAAAAGCAAAUGUGGUGUUAAGUGAAUUUUUAAUAAUGUACAGUUUUUGUGACUUUAAAUUUGUUCCUUUCUAUAUUUUUAGGACCAAUCUAUCAUUUUUAAGAGGACGUAUUACAAGACCAUGUUGUAUCGAGGUGAUGUAACACGUGUGCAUCUGUAGAAUGUACUGUGAGUUGAAUAAAAAAACAUCUAGUUGAGAGACGACA